AGCUCUACGGGCUCGAUGGGAAGAGGCAUCUAAAGAAACAAUCCAAAGGACAACCAAACCAUGCCCUAGCUGCCAUGUUCCCAUAGAAAAAGAUGUUACCCUUCCUGGAUUAUUUUCUGCUUUCUAGAGAUUCGCAUUACUACCUUAAACCAUGGACAUCAUUGGAUUUCUGAAGUCUCAAUUCAUUUGCCACCUCCUUAUCAGUUAUAUAUUUAUUGUGUCGGGACUGAUUAUCAACUUCAUUCAACUCUUCACACUAAUUCUCUGGCCAUUCAACAAGCAACUCUUCAGGAAGGUCAAUUGCAAGUUGGCUUACAGCAUUUCAAGCCAGUUGGUGAUGUUGCUGGAAUGGUGGUCAGGCACUACUUGCACCCUCUACACGGACCCACAGAAUUACCACAAGUACGGGAAAGAGAAUGCCAUCGUAAUCCUUAAUCACAACUUUGAAAUCGACUUUCUCUGUGGUUGGAACUUUUGUGAAAGAUUUGGGGUUUUAGGGAGCUCCAAAGUACUUGCCAAGAAGGAACUUGCUUAUAUGCCCAUCAUUGGUUGGAUGUGGUAUUUCCUCGAGAUGGUUUUCUGCAAACGCAAAUGGGAGGAGGAUCGGAAAACUGUCGUGCAAGGUCUCCUUAAUCUCCGAGACUAUCCUGAAAACUUCUGGUUUCUUAUUCAUUGUGAAGGAACAAGGUUCACGGAGCAAAAACAUAAAAUCAGCAUGCAGGUGGCAGAAGCCAAAGGCCUCCCCAAGCUCAAGCAUCAUCUCCUGCCACGGACAAAGGGAUUCGCUGUCACUGUCCAGUGUUUGAGAAAUGUAGUGUCUGCUGUGUAUGAUUCUACACUGAACUUUAGAAAUAAUGAAAAUCCAACUUUACUGGGAGUUUUAAAUGGGAAAAAAUACCAUGCAGAUUUAUAUGUCAGGCGGAUUCCUUUGGAAGAAGUCCCGGCAGAUGAGCAGGAAUGUUCUAAUUGGCUUCACAAACUCUAUCAAGAAAAGGACUCCUUCCAAGAGGAAUACUACAGGACAGGGACUUAUCCAGGCACUCCAUUCGUGUUGCCCCGGCGGCCAUGGACUCUCUUGAAUUGGCUUUUCUGGGCCUUACUGCUGCUCCUUCCCCUGUUCAAACUGCUCAUCAACAUGAUCAACAGUGGCUCCUCACUGACUCUUGCUACUUUUGCCUUUGUUUUUGUGGCAGCUUCAGUUGGUGUUCGAUGGAUGAUAGGUGUUACAGAAAUUAACAGAGGCUCAGCUUACGGCAACCAUGGUCACAAGGGGAAACGAAAGUGAACUCUGCAGAGACUGCUUCAUACCCAAAGGGAACACACACACCUGCAGCGAAAGUCAUUCUCCUUCAAAGAUGAGGAUGAGGAAGCCUAACUGAGAGAUGGCCAUGGAUGAGCUGGCGUCAUUCUCUUCUCUCUCCCUCCUGCCCCCUCCUUCCCAGCCCCUCUCCCAGGACAUGAAUCACCGUUCUGCGCAUGGUUCUAUCAUUGUUUUCCUCCCCAUUUUUUUUAAAUUCUGUUUUUCACAGGAAGUGGCUUUUUAAACUUAAAAUAAUAUGCAAAGAGACAGAAUAGCAAGGAAGCAUUUGAAGGAAUUAAUGUUUAAUUUCUUCUCCUUCACUCCCCACCCAAUCUUCUAUGGAUUAACAGUGUCGAAUAAAAUGUACUUUCGUACAAGGCGACUAAAUGGAUAUUUUAUAUUUAAGAACGUAAGCACCCUCCUGGAUCAGACCAAAGACAAAUCAGGUCCAUUGUUCCAUUGGCACAGUGGCCAAGCAGAACGCCAGCCAGGUGGCGGCUAUGGGAAGCCCACGAGCAGAACAUGGGGACAUAACCCUCUGCUCUUGUUCCCCUGCAGCCGGUAUACACAGGCAUACUGUCUUAUACCGGGGGUAAUGGACAGCCAGCCAUCAUAUUAGCCGUUGAUGGCCUUAGACUUCUCUAAUCCCCCUUUAACACCAUUCAGAUUUGCUGUUCUCACUACCUUUGGUGGAAGCAAACUCCAUAGUGUAACUAUGCACUGAGCUCCUUUUAUUCUGCAUCUCCCACCAUUAGACUUCAUGGACGACCCAUAAUGAAUUCUUGCUAACCACCCAGAGGUUUGGCUGUUGGAUGGUAUACAAAUGUAAUAAAUGUAUAAAUAAAUUACAGAAAGAGAAACAUCACUCCCUUUUACUACACUAUGCAUAAUUUCAUAAACUUCUAUUAUGUUCCCCUCCUUUUAUGUUAAAACUUUCACCCUUUUCUUACGGGUACUUGGGUUACCCCAGCCCCUUAACUCCCUUUUCUGCAUUUCUGUAGCUCAUUAAUGUGCUUUUGGAGACAUGGCAGUCAGCAUUAUUUGCGUUAUUAGAUUAUAUGAAAGUAUGACCUUCACAGUUUUAUCUUCCAUUCUUGUCUAAUGGUCCUUAACAUGAAAUUUGCCUUGUUCACAGCUGCCACACCUCAAGGUAAAUUUUCAUUAAACUACCACAAUCCCAACCCCCUUUCCUAGUCACUGCCACCUUGAACCCCAUCCGUGUAGAUCUAAAGUUUGUCAUUUUGCUCAUUUUGCAUCACUUUACAUUUAUUUUGAAAAGCAUUUGCCAUGUCAAUUGCACAUUCGCUCUUCACCAUCCCGUGUGUGUGCGUGCACUUUCCCAUCCAAACUUAGUAUCAUCCAUAAACUUAGCCCCUUCACUGCUCACACCUAACUGUGAACAAGUUACGAAGCACCAGCACACAUAUAGAAGUUUUGCAAACUUCACUUUUUAUGUAUCUGUGUUGUAAGAAAGCCCUUUUAUUCUUUCUGUCCCGCUCAAGCACAUCUUUUGAUUAUGUUGUCAUCCAACAGUGAAAUCACCUCUGGGCAGUUUCUUGCUUCUCAUGGAUUUAACAACUUACUCAAAUUGUUUGUUCAUUUGUUUGUAUCCUUAAUGAUCUGCUUGCAGCUCGUGUAAAGAUGCUGAUGUUGGAAGUCCAACUCUCUUGAGCUUAAUGGACUUCCUGCACAUGUCCAAAUGGAUGAUUAGUAGUAGGCCAAGUUGAAGCUUUUUUGCAUUGUAUUUAUAUCUUCUGGUUUCUCCUCUUGUGAGGAGCCCAAGACAGCUUGCCUAGCUCCAUUUUAUGCUCUCAACAAACUGGUGAGGUAGGUUCUGCUGAUCUGUGACGGGUCCAAAGCCACUCAGUGAACUUCAUGGCCGAGUGCAGACUAGAACUAGGAUCCCCCAGGUUCUUAGUUCAACACUCUGGCCAGCACCCUCCACUCUGGCUUUUUUCCAUUUCUGAGAUGGGCCAUCAUGGGACUUGAGCAAACUGGAAGUGGGAAACUGCAUGUGAUUUGCCUGUGUCAUGCGAGAACAGCACUUUCACCUAUCCAUUUGUGCAAAUGGUGUGAUUUCCACAAAUUUUCUCAGAGAUUUAUUUGUGCCAUGUUGAUAUUAAGUGCCUGCCGUCUGAUUCCAUUUUAGUUCAGCUAAAGCCCAUUCCUUUUGUGCAGGCUUGGAUGGUCCCUGCACCGCACAUGGCCUUGCAAGCCCUCCACCAAAGAGCCUUCAGCUCCGCCUGUCUUGCUGGCCCUACAUGUCAAAUGGGACAUGUUUCAGAGAAUGCUACCAAGUCCCGAAAUUUAAUUUCCUACCCAGGAAGGUUUGUUACUUUACAUGAUUGGUGCCAAAAUGCACCAUGGCCACUGACUUUAUCAGCAGUUCCACCAUAUCUAGAUGAAAUGUGGCAGCUACAGCCUCUGCUUCAGGUAAAGAGCUCACCAUAUACUCUAUGCUUUCAUCACAAACCCAUCUCUCUGCAUUUCCAAUAAUCAGAUUACUGUGACUAGCCACCCCCAGAAAUGUGAAUGGGGAUCAGUCCAUCCCCCAAGGAGCAGGUCCCUUUUAAGAGAUGGCAUCCCUCUUCCAUAGCACAAUGCCCUCCUCCCUGGAGAUCCUCAUUCUCUGCAAUAGCAGAACUCUCACCUUGGGAGUGGAAUGCCAAUAUCAUGCCCAUGAAAAGAUUGUUUCUGAACUUCUCAACUUCUCCAUGUUAGCUGGCCUCAAGGGAGCCCAUUGCACUGAACCCAUGUGACUUCUGUCCAGCAAGUAGCUGUACAAGUGAGACUGCAAGAUUAUGGAAAUCCCUUAUACCCCCUUUCCCUUUCUUACGUUCAUUGGAUUUAUUUACUUAGAAAGUUGGGCUGUGUAAGAUAGAAAGGGGCAGUUGUGGUCCUGGCUUCCUCCCUUGUUGCUAAAUUUACAUAGAGUUUUAGUUCACCUGCUCCCUAAAUAAUUACCUUGAUGAUUCAUCACUGGGGCUUCCUCACAAGCAUGCCCUACUUUUCUGCUCAUGGCUAGCAUCCCAACAUCUACUCAACUAAUUACAUUAGAAGAGCCCAGAAGUUAAACACAGUCAAUUUGUGUUUGAUCAUGGCAAAUUUCUGUGUCUAAUCAGCAAGUUAAGCUUCAAUAAUCCUUACACCACUGCUUCAUUCAGUGGUGCCAAAUUUUAAGUAACUCUCUCCAAAAAAAAAAUCAUUGUAAAAUGCAUGGGGGGUGGAGGGAGGUAGAAGUGACAUCCCAAAGCAUGACUGAAUGGCUUCCCUUUUUUCCCAUUAAGCAGUAAAGCAUUAUGCUGUUACUCUGUGCACCUGCUUUUAUGAGUGCCACAGUUGGCAGCCAUAAAAUCUAUCUUCUCCAAGAUGGCAAUGCAGUCUUCAUUAUAUUACCAGCAAAGGGGACCAGCUGCAAGUAAUUAGGUGGUGGAAACUCCUGGAAAGGCUACUGUUUUGCAAACUAGGGAACCUAAUGUUAAAUGUAUUUAUGUGUAAGCCUACCAAUCCGGGUGCAAUGGACAGUGCCAUUGCUAGUGCCUUUAGGAACUUCUUUGAAGGCCAUAUAUGUGUGUGCGCAUGCACACAUGUGCAGUGUUGUGGCUGCUGUACAGUGAGAAGUUGUGCCUCCCUUGAAAGGGCACAACAGACCACUGUACAGAAAGGACAUGAUCUCACCAAGGCUAAGCACUAUGAGUUGUAGAAAUUUCAUAAAGGAUGCAAAAUCAGUUGGACUAAAAAUGCUUAAUUUUGGCUGAAUUGUGUCCUUGCGAAUCAUGCCACUUUAAACACCUGGGCGGAAUAUGAUCUUGUGUAGGUGAAACUGUUGCUGUUCCAUGUUUGAAGAAAGGAACUUGCUAAGCUAUAUUGGGGGUUCCCCUCCUCCACUUAACCAGUUUUAUUAGGGGUUAAGAUGCUGGAGUGGGUGGGAGAAAGGGAUAGAGUAGCAGGCGCUUGCUGAAUAUUCAUACUGAACUAUUCAUAUCCACUGGAAAUAUUUAGCACUUUCACAGCUAUACUUUCUUCCUUGUGUUUCAUAGAAGUGGACAAGGAAGAUAAUGAAAAAGAGUGAAAUUUUUUGUUCCUGCAGCAUUUUUAGUAACAAAAUAGACAUGAUUUAUUUCUACUGUGAAAAGUAGAUGUGCCUUGGCAAUGUAAUAGGAAACCGCACAUUCUUUUUUGGGAUGUUGGAGCUAAUUUAAGUUCUGUAUUAACGAUAAACCUAUUUGGGCUAGAGUUCAGUUGUAAUUGCUGGAGUUUUUGCUGCCACAGACAGGCUCCAUGAGCUGUGAACGUUCAGAUCUGAAUUGCUAUUUGCAUACAGAUGCAGCAGGACUGCCAUAUGCCAUAUCCGUCGGGGAUAGAUUCACAGCCCCCCAGCAGAUGCCUAAAGCUGUAUUCGUGGGGGUCGGAGGCACAGGACCCCAGCAGCAAUGGGAAAAAAUGCAAAUACAUCUAGAGAAAAACUGUGAAUAUCUCUGGAUUCUUCAUGCCCACUGAGAGGCGAAACGUGUGAGGCUGGCUAUUGCUGAGACAGAGCACAGUGUCCUCAAACAGUGCCUAGGUCCCUAGAGAUACUUGCUUUUUCUCCGCUUUUAUGGGGCCCCUGUGCUCCUAACCUCUGCAAAUGUGGAGGGCUAAUGGUCAACCUCAGUUCAGAGAAAUGACAGUAACUGAGAUAGCGGUUAUGGAGAUCCUGCUGUAUUUUAUGUUCCUCCUGCAUGCCCAUUGCAAGGCCUGCACAUGGCUCUAGCUCUUAAGAUCAAUGGUCCUUGAAAUCUCCCAAUAACUACCACACACAUCUGUCAUUAACCAGCAAUGGCACUUAGCUUGCACAUGUCAUAGAGAUCCACCACUUCCAGAAACAGGGACCUUUGUGGCUAUUUGAAAUGACUGCGUGGGAAGAUGAAGUCUGAGAAAUCUGUACUCUCCUGCACUCUGUGUGUACAUGGAGCAUCAUGGGCCUUAAAUAUCAGGAGUGCCUCCCAUGCCAAUAUGCUUGUGCAUUACGAUCAGCCAGGGAGACCCUCUUCCAAGGUCCGUCAAUAGCAAAUGUUACGUCAUACAACUACAAAUGCCUUUUCAGUGAUGCUUCCUGACUUUGGAAUACCUUCCCUAAGGAAAUACGACUGGCACCAAGGUGAAAACAUUUCCUCCACCCCCACCCCCCAGACUUAGCUGAUUUAACUGUUUUUAUACCUCUCAGAUUUUAUUGGGUUGCUUUGGGCUUCUUACUGUUUCAACUCUGUAUUGAUAUUUGCGUGAAGGUGCAGUUCGGAAAUGUUUAAAGUCAAGUAAACAGAAAAUCAACUUGGCAUGUGAACCAUCAGGAUAAAGGACAUGCUUUUCCUUAUGAAAUGAAGACUGCCAUGGGAAAUCAUUGGACUAUUACACCUCCUGACUUGCAGUCAGAACUGCUUCAGUUCAGGAAGGGGAUUGCUACUUGCUUCUGCUGACAUUAAGCCUGUCACAAAAAGCACAGAAGCAUCAUGAUAACCCACAAGACAGUGAUUGUUUGUUCAAUAUUACCUUAAAGCCCCAGAAGCUGCAAAUAAAAUAAAACCAGCAGCUUUCCCUCUCUUUAAAUUCUGCAUCCCAUGGGGGAUCUUUAUUGCAUUAAGCUGAGAGCUGUGAUAACUUGAAGACACUAUUGGAUAGCUCGCUCAGAAUAUACAAAAAGCUCGACGGUGUCCGUCCCUUAUUGAAAUGACCACUAUGGGCACAAUAGAUUCUCUUUCCCCACUACAUACAUGCAGGUCUCCAGAGUUUGGAGGGCCCCCACCAGAGCAAAUUUAGUGAGUGCAGACAGAAGUCCUGCGAUGCAAAGAGAUCCACUUGUAGAACGUGGGAGGUUGCCCUGCUUCUAUAGCCAUGGAAAGUGAGAAGGCACCAUGACAAAGAUGUUGCUUCCUGCACCACUCCUGAAUUAAGGAUCCCCCCCCCCCCCCCCCCCCCAAUGCAGUUGAAAUGUGUCACUCUUUAGGAUGAUGCUUGCCAUUUUUAGCCAAGGCUUUAAAAAACACCUGGAGCAAACUCUUGCCUUUUGCUACAUUAGCAGAAGGGUGGCUAUAGAAGCAACUCAACUCAGUCUAUAAUUUCUAGGAAAGCACCAACAGCUAGUUCAGAAGUGGAGCAAAACCCAGUAAGGGACACAGUGCAUGUGAGCCACACCAGGGCUAAAGCCAGUUCUGAUCUAAAGGAUUCAGAUUUGGUGGCUUUCAGACAACCCUGAUUCAGUAAAAGAAUCAUUUGGUAGUUGUCAUGCAUUCCAUGUUUGGACGUACAGUACCUACAGCUCAAACUCAUUAAGACUGCAUUAUGCAUUUUCCCGUAGAUCUAGUUAUGGUUAGUAAAGACAUGUAUCUCAUAUGUGAAUAGUAGGGUAGAUGUCUGUUCAGUGUGUGCUUGAGGGCAGUUUCAAAAGCUGCUACAAAUGAUGUGUAUUAAUACUUGCAAGGUAAUAUUUUGAUCUACAACCAGUCGGUAAUAAAUGACCACGUACUCUUUCUGUCCUGUUUGAACUGCUCUGUUAAGCUGAUCCAAUUGUCUCCAUUUGAAGCCUGAAUCUGUGUCAAUGCAUCCUAUUCAGAAGAACAAGGAGACUUGCAUUCUUUGCUACCAUCGUGUGCAAAACCUUAUAACUCAAUAAUUCAUUUCAAGAAAAGUUACGUCUUAAUUUGAACAUUUAAAUGUUUUUUAAAAUGAAUGUAAGCUCAUUUGAGAAUAAUAGAUUGCAGGGUAGUUUAGACAUGGUAAAAAAUUGAGUGGGGUGGAGGAACUGCUUGGCUAAACAGAAUCGGCUGUGAAAGAGGCCUGUGAACUGUUCUCAAGCAUCCAUCACUGGAUGAUGUAGGGACAAAGCAGUAUCGGACUCUGUCCUGCCACUUUAGCCUCCCCUGCCCCUCACACCCCGAGUCUCCCAGCUUGACUCUAAAUUGGUCCUGGAGCUGCUGCUAUGAAUGUUCUUUGCUUGUUACUCUGUUCCAGUUACCUCAGGCACUUUCCUUACUAGUAUUUCAUGCUUAGAGAUGGGAAGACCUGGGAAAAAUCAGGAAAAAAGCUGUGCAGCUAUUUUUUUCAUUGCUUCCCCAAGGACCAUUUUUCCUUUAAAAAUGGGGUUGGGGGAGCAUCUUUGAAUUAUGAACUAUUUUCUUCUAGAAUGUAAGACAAAGUGUUUAUAUAUUGGUACUUCGCCUUUACCCCACACAAGCUAUUUUCAAAAUCUAAUGUAGUACGUUUUUUAUAGAAUUACUGGAGAUGUAAAUUGUCUGGAAAUAAAGAAGCCAGGGUAAAAUCCUUUUAACCCUCUGUGUAAGAUUCCCAGUAUAGUCAUUUCUUCCAUUUUUUAAUUAAAAUUAUUGAUUUCAUGUAUUUUUGACUGAUAACACAUUUAAGGAUGUUCCAAGUCAAGCUCAAUUUUCCAACAUGUGAAUAGAAGCAGUUUGUGUUUUGUUCUGGAGUCCUGCAUUUUUGUGUUUGUUAUGCUUAGAUCCAUAGCAGUCAGUAAUGUAGUCCUAAUCUAAAACACCCAGAUUUAUUUAAAAAAAACCCUGUAAACUAUCCCAGCAGUGUCAACAAAUAUUAUCAAACAGCUUGUGGAUUUUUAGCUAAGUGCUAAAAAAAGGUAUAUUUCAAAUAUUCCUAAAAAUCUUCUAUUUUCUCCUGAAAAACAAAGAAACAAAAAAUCCCAUGACUUCUAAUUUUCUGGAAAGAAACAUAUUAAUUUUGCAUUGUGCUGGAGAGCUACUGAGGGGAAGAUGACUCCAUAAACUUUGAGGCAUUGCAUAUCCUUUUAGAUCUUGCCCAAAAUGUAGCACAGCUUUACCCAACCUGGUGUCCUGCAAGUAUUUUGACUUGUAACUCCAGCAUUCCUGAUAAUUGGCCAUGCUGGCUGUUGCUGAUGGGAGCUUAAGUCUAAAACCUCCGGCGCGCUCCAGGCUGGGGAAGGCCAGAACAGAUCACUUGCAAACAUAAGGGUCAGGCUCCUCUAUCCUAGUAUUUACCGUCUCCCCAGUACUUUAGAAGCUGAGAGCAGAAAACAGCAGAGUGAUGGUUCUGCUCAAAGCAGCAACUUUUUUUUGCACAAGCAAUGGUCAGAGGCCUUGUAUAUCUGUGGCACUGUAUAAAAACAAAACAAAACUCGGUGUUGCUUCAUUCUGUGUGGCCACUUUAGUAUGCCUUUAAGAACAGUGAUCCUACCUGAAUCAUUCUGCAAACCUCCCCAGCUCCUUUCCAUUGUAGUGAGAGUUGGUGGCACAGAAACUGCUGGGCAUUUGUGACAUUUCAGUAACGAUCAGUGAUACCAUUGUGGAAAUACUUAUAAAAUUUGGACCUGCACCUUUGAGAGAACACUGAAAAACAAUGCCUCCAAAGUUGGGCAGGUAAGGCAAAAUUAUCCGAGGAUGAAAGGAUACUUGCCGAAAUCAUUAGAUUUCAAGCAAUUCCAUAUUGUCUUGUUCAGUAUUAGUGUUACUUCCCAUGAGCAAGUGUAUGUUUUAAAAUUGCCUUAACUGAAGUAAGUUGUUUAUAUAAAAAUAAAGUCAAAUUAAAGCAA